AUGAAGGAGAGGGCGCAGGGACUGGAUUUGGCAUCGGCGUUGGAGUGUGGGGUCGGGGCAGUGCAACAUCUGGUUGUGGACGCAGAGGGAGAGGCGGUGGUGUUGCGGGGUGCGGCCUUGGCAGGGGAGGGAGAGGAAUGCCCCUCGUUGGGGAUGCUGGAGAGCAGGGGGGUGCCGGAGCUGAAUGGUCCGGCCUUGGAGGCGGAGGGAGAGGAGUGCCCCUCGGUGGGGAUGCUGGAGAGCAGGGGGUUGCUGGAGCUGAAUGGUCCGGCAUUGGAGGCGGAGGGAGAGGAGCGCCCCUCGGUGGGGAUGCUGGAGAGCAGGGUGGUGCUGGAGCUGAAUGGUCCGGCCUUGGAGGCGGAGGGAGAGCAGUGCCCCUUGGUGGGGCACCAGGAGGGCAGGGGGGUGUUGGAGCAGAGUGGUCCGGCAUUGGAGGCGGAGGGAGAGGAGUGCCCCUCGGUGGGGCACCAGGAGGGCAGGGGGAUGCCGGAGCUAGAUGGUCCGGUAUUGGGGGUGAGUAUGGAGGUGCGCCGAUGUUCGGUCCUGGAGAAAGAGAUAGUGUCUAUGCUUUUCCGGGGUCCAGAGGGUGUACCACCCUCUGGCACUGGUUUCGGCGGCGGAGCACUCACCACGCUGGGUAACCCGCGUGCACCGCCGUUUGACGUGAACACAGUCCUGCGUCAAGCCCGUGAGUGGUACCGGGCCGAGCACAUUGACACAGGGAGGACCACGAGCACUCAUGGAGUCCCAGAAGGUGAGUAUGCUGAGCAAUUCCACCCUGCAUCGGCGCUCGCUCUACCAGUGCCAGACUGCGGACAACGAGGUAACUGUGGGGCGCCAGGGGUAGACGAGCCUACAUGGGAGGAGGAUCCGGUGCCAGAGGAUGCACGGGAGGAUGCAGAUGAGGCGGAUGACGGUGAUGUUGAACCCGGCAUACACGUGCGCACCGGGUUCUAA